AUGUGGCCGCUAUCUGUUUCCGCAUUGUUAACUACUGUCCCUGUGCUAAGCUUCUUUGCUACGGCUCAAGCAGCGGCACAUGACGGGGAGCAAGUUGUACUCAGCGCCCCUCGCCGACAACCUAUCAGCCCAGGUCCCCAUUUCAGCCGUCGUCAGCAAUCGCCGGAGCUCUGUGACUCGGGUUCUCAACACUGGACCGGUACGGUGAAUGUUAGUCCGGAGAAAUCUAUGUUUUUCUGUGCGUUUAGUUCCGAUCCUUCUGUGGUGCAGCUAGUGUUAUGCGCCGUAAUUUCUGUCUCGCUAACGGAUGUCGUAGGGUAUUAUGAAAGCCGAGACAGCCCUGAAACAGACCCAGUAUUGCUUUGGAUGAGCGGGUGAGUAGCAGGGCUACUGAGGAGAGAAAAGAAAUUAGAUCGACUGACCUGGGGAUAUCACGAAUCAGAGGUCCCGGUGCGACGGGUGAACUGGGCCAGUUCAAAGGCAUUGGUCCCUGUGCGGUGAACGAAGAUGGAAACUCAACCCGACGCCUUGAAUUCUCAUGGAUUGAUCACGCCAAUGUCGUGUUUAUAGAGUAAGUAACCCAGGGCCCUAGUAUUCUCCUUGGUUCUCACCAGUAGGACCACUUCUUCAGCCAACCCGUCGGUGUCGGUUUCUCCCAAAUUUCUAAUCGCAAUCUGAUCGCGACGAACCUGCAUGACGGUGCAAGAGAUGUAUACACGUUCCUUUCCAUUUUCACCCAGGACGUCUUCCCACAACUGGCCAAUCGUACUUGGCACAUCACAGGAGAGUCCAUGGGUGGUCAUUAUGUCACAUCCUACACAGAGUAUAUCCUGAAACAGGAACGCGAGCGAGCGCUCCAGGGUCUUGACAUCGGCAUUCAUAUUGACUCUGCUAUUAUAGUCGAUGGCUAUAUUGACGGUGCCUAUCAAUACACAGGCUACUAUGACUUCUUCUGUGAGGAUUGGAGAGCCGACGGAAGACCAUAUCCCUUAAUGAACGCGACCGCCUGUCAAGAAAUGGGCGAGGCCGUGGCAGCUUGCGAGAAGAAAGGUGCAAUGUGUCGAGACUCUUACGAUGUCGAUGUUUGUGCUUGGGCUAUGCAGUCCUGUGAUCGGACAGUUGGCAAAGACUUGGCGGAUGGUGUUAAGCCAGGAGGAUGGAACCCAUAUGACAGUAAGUAUCUUGCAAUUGAUUCUCCCAAUUUUGCAGUCCAAGAUGUCUAUGAUAGUAGAACGCACCAUGUCUUCUCAUCAGAAUAACUAAUCACAGUCCAGGUCGAUUUAAAUGUCAAGAGCCCCCUCUGUGCUCAAACUUCAGCACAGACGAGACGCUUGUGUUCCUCAAUCAACCAUGGGUACAAGAGCAGUUGGGAUUCCCCAACUACACAUUCCAGUUGAUCGAUUUCGAUACGAACCGCCGAUGGGCUGCGGCAGGCGAUCUGAACCUACCUGUCACCCGAGAGCUAACAUGGCUGUUAGACAAUUCCGAUGUCCGUGUACUAUUCUUUAAUGGCAAUAAUGAUAUAAUAAUGUAA